AACCAAUAUGUGGGCUUUCCGCACCUCCAUCUCGCCAGUGUCCACCGCGCCCGUCAACAGGUAACAUCAACAUAUCGUCACACAACUUGUCUCCUUAUCUUCAUAGUCGCAUAUCGUGUACAUGAGGAGGAUGAGCGAAACGCAAACGAUGACGCAGCAGCAGCAACAGGGCGCGAGGCUGGCCAUUGCCGAACUGCGCACUGUGAAGUGGGUGGCCUCACAGCCCUUGGUGAAGCAGGUCUACGACGCCGCCAAGCCUCGCUACCUUACACUCAAGCAGGCAGCCAUAAUCGGCUGGUUCAUUAUUCUCUAUGAGGUGAUACUGGUGUGGUGGUGGACAUUCAUCCACAACCUGCCGUUGCCCGUGAUGGUGCUCUCCCUCCUUCAACAGGCCGACUCCCUGACGGUGCGAGUGCUCGACUUCUCUCAGCAGAGGCUGGAGUGGUGGUGGGAUGCUUCAGGUGUGCGGUUGAUGUGGCUGCGGGAGAGUUUCCUGGUAAAGCUGGACAAAUACAUUACCUUCAUCGACGGCUACCUCCUCCGCCUACAGGAUAUCUUCGCUCCCUUCUUCACAAUUCUUAUUACCCCCAUCAGAAUUAUAUAUGAAUAUCUAAAUGUGAAUCCAAAGAGCACAAGUCGUCCUCUGGUUAGUGGGAAGGCAGACAGCUUAAGGCAAGGGAUGGCAAUGGAGGGCGAGAAGUACGGUGACGAGGAGUACGAGGACUGGGGCGAGGACUACCUCUCAGAUGCCUCUACGGACUCGAAGCGCUUGCUAAAGAACGACCCCCAGGGACAGUCCUAUAAUCGUCUUCGGACUACAGUCACGGCUGAAGGAAAGCUGCGGGCUGCCAUGUACCACCGAGUGAAGAAAGAACUGGGUCUAAUGAGGAAGAACUCCAUUAGGUUUUCCUGCGGCAUUGUAAAUUACGCCAGACAAAUGAUGGAACCGCGAAUGCGUCCGUACGCAGAAUCUUUCCAGGUCUCCUGUCAAAAGUGGGCAAGGGAGUACGAGAUAACGGAUAUGACGGCUCCUCUCCAGGAGGAAUGGAACAGCGACAAACGCUUCCUCGCGAAGGCUCUAGCUCUCGCUCGGGCUCUCUGCGUCGUCUACCUCGCUUUUUUGCUUCGUCUGGUGAAAGGAAAGAAGAAUCGCCGUACUCGAUCGAUGCGUUCGGAAAGUCUUCGCCGACGAGCUCAAAAUAUGACCUGCAACAACAGUUCGCACCCACUAAGCCCCUCAGCCCUGCAGCAGUCAUCCGAGCCAACGCCAUCUCCCCCCCUGGAAGUCCCGGCGAGUCUCCAGGAGCCAGCCCUGAGAGAAGAAGAAGAGGAUUUGGACGAUUCUCCCUCAAAAAACAACGCUCUGGCAAAUAAGAAGACCCCUGCUUACAACGCAGACAGUGACCGCACAAUCUCUCCCAUUGAAGAAGAGUUGUCAGAUGUAGACGUGACAAACAAAAAAGAGAAUGAUCAUGACGCCAGUGAAGGUUCAAUUACCUCUUUUGACGAAAGUAGCAAAGACAGCGGUUUUUCGGACAAGAAGAGUGAAGAUGAAGAUCCUGUGUUGGUGAAACAACCAAAGAAAGGAGUGACUAUCAUGACCCCGACCUCGCCAGGACAAACCAAGAAUAAAAAUAAAAAAAUUGGCGACAAGAAACUUUUUUCCAGGCAGUAAAUGCGACUGAUGAUGGUUAGGGUGACCGCUUUAAUAACCGUAUACAAUAUAUUUAUUUGCUAGAUUAUCAUAAUAUAAACCUUAUAAAAUAAUAGAUUUUUUUUUCUCAACUUUAGAGAUUGUUUUAUUAAUGUGGUUUUUUUCAUGAUAAAGAAAAGUGUUCUGAUCAUGAACUAUGUAACAUAUCACGUACGUCUGCGUGCGUCAAUCUUGGAUUACCAGAUCUUGCUUAAGUCGGUCAUAUAAAGCUCAACAAAAGGAUGUAUAUACAAUGAUAACAACUCAGCCUUCAGACGAGUAUAAAUAUAUAUGAAUUAGUACGGUGGUGUGGCUGACUCAAGAGUGAUGGCCAUCCAACACUGGCCGGGCGUGGAGUACUUACUGAGUGGUGCUGCUGCUGCUUAAAUGUACAAAAUAAAAUUGGUACCUAAGCUCACAACCGCGAGCUGCAUGAUGUGCUGAUUAUUUUUUUCUGGUUAGCUUGUGCUUACCAUCUUAUAUCUGAUGUAUAGGAUGUAUGGUUUUAUAGUACUCGCUCUCUAUAUUGGCUCAUAUUUUAGGUGAGUCAUACAUUGUUUACGAUAGCAUCUUGUAAAUACUUAAACCUUAAGAUAUUAGAUAUUUAUACAUAUGUUUUGUGAGAGUUUCAGGCGUCUUAGUUUGUUAAUAAUAUUCGAUAUUAAAGUUCUUGCUGUUAACACCAGGCGACGAGCUCUUGGACAACAUUCACACAUGAGCUUCUCAUUGAAUUAUUAAUAUUACAACUUUACAUUUUGUUUCGUUUUCUAAAUUAUGAACAAAUAUUUUAAUCAAAGAAUAGCCAUGUCUCGUACAUAGCAUUUUCAUAGCAAAAAUUGGGUCACACUCCCGCUCUGAAUGUCAUAACUCAGUGUUGAAUGUCGGGAACUUCAUUUUAAGCUCCAACCAAUUUGAGAUUUCCUUUUUGUAUCAAUGUUAAAUAUUGAUAUUGUUAUAAAGAGAAUGUGUCGGGGUCAUCCUGUUUUUUGCGGGUCCAUUUGAAACUGUGAAGGAAUAUUUGUGCGUCUUGUCUUGUUACUGCGUGUCUCUUCCAUGUCUACCUGGAUGGUCGACGUUGGCCCAGCGUCUCAAAAAUCAUUGGAAACUGAGUCGUAAUAAAUUCCUUACUAACCUCCGCGGCUAUUAGGGUUACGUCUCAGUUUGCUGAGAAUGCCUCAGUGUAAGUUCAACACCUUUGCCACUGACAGAUCCCGCCUGUAUAUUCCUCUAUAAAGAGCAGAAGAGUUGGAGUUAAUAGUCUGGUUACAUGUUACUGACGUUAUUAUACGUCAUUUUAAUGUUAGUUUUAUUGAUAACAAUUCAAGGUCACCCACUAUAUUUAUCUUUAGUAUUGAUAUUGCCGUCUUUAUUAUUAUCUUAUUCUCCUCCUCAUUCAUGCCAGCUUAUUUACAUUUCAGGUCAUAUUUGCAAUAUUUACUUUAUUUGCUAUAUUGUGUCUUGCCCCACUAAGUGUUUCAGUUUACAGUACAGAUUGAUGUGUAAAACAUGCAUUUUUCCAGGAAUGUCCUCAAUGUGUAAUAUUAUACUUGUUUUUAUACUUAAGAUUAAUUUACACUAUAAAAGACAAUGAUUAAA